CUGGCAGCUGGAUUGCUUCUCCACCCCGAAUGUCCGUCCGAACUGGCCGGUCUCCAUGUAUCCUUCCCGCCCGCUUUCCAUCAUCCUUUUUUUACCGUCCACAGAGUUUAAGUAGAGCAACCACCGCAACCGGGGUACAUUAGCGUGUGCCUUCUCCGUUUCAUUCUCAUGCCCCUCAACCGAACCGCCCCGCAGUUCAUUCUCCCAUCUUUGGUGUUGACUCUGCCAAGACCACGAAUCUUUACCCUCAAACAAGUCAAUCUACAUCUUCAAUCCAUCAAGAAACUGUCCUCAUACACAUCAUCCAAAAUGUCCGGCACAAGAGUUCACCGCGUCACCAUGUUCAAGCUGCCCAACCAGGAGGACCAGCAGAAGCUCCUGGCGGCGUAUGAGCAGUUGGCCAAGACUCAGUCCAAGGAUGGCAAGCCGUACAUCCUGUCCCUCUGCGCAGGCGCGGCAGCCCCCGACGCCAGGUCUCAGGGCUACACCAUCGUGGCCAAAAGCGAGUUUGCCAGCGAGGCCGAUAUGAAGUACUACGACGAGGAGUGCCAGGCACACGGUGAGCUCAAGAAGACGGCCCACGGCCUCACCUUGGCUGACAAGCCCUUGACUGUCUACUUUUCGGGCUCGCCGCAGCUGUCGGUCUAAGUUGAGAGGGAGAAAACUCCGGUCACUGACAGGGAACCGAGCUGUCUGUUUUUUUUUGUUUUUUUGUCGGAGCGUGACUAUACUCAUGGACUUGUGUACAGUGUUUAUAUUUCCAGGAUAGGAAUCAUUUCUCCGAAUAUGCAUUCGCCUUCGUGGUCACCCUGCUUUCAUCAUAGGUGACUUUGUUAUUGUAACAAAAGGCUUACCUACUUGUUACUUGGCUGAUUUUGUAGUCUCACUCUUCUGGCGCUGCGUUUUGGAUGAUAAGCAUAAAUAUGGUUGCACUGAUAGGGCUGUUAGUCACACAUGCUCACGGGGUAUAAAAGGAUCAAACUUCGCCCGCAGGGAAAUCUUUUGCUCGAGCAGAGAAACAAACCGGCGAAGAACAACAACACAGA